AAACACUUGUGAGAGGCGUUUUUGAUUUUGAUCCAGGUUUCAAAGGGUCUUCCUGCAGCCUGACAAAUUCCUGACUGCGCUUUUAUUUUGUAAAGCUUAAUCGCCGUGCUUCCUGUUUCAUGGUGCACCGUGUGAAAGGAGGGAAGUUUGGUGGACUGUGAUACUUAAAAGUUGCCCCCAUCAGGAGUAACUUUUUGGACUCAAAGGUCGGUGUGAAGAGUCGGCGGUAUGACUGCCCUGUACGUUUCCGCGGCGGUGUUGGGGGCUGCGCUGCUCCUCAGCGAGGGGAUCCGCCGGACAGCGGCGCGGCUCUGCCCCGGAGCUCACGGGAUUUACCUGCUGGAAGCGGCGUCCACCUUCCAGCUCUGCUGCUGCACUCAUGAGCUCAAACUUCUGGGUGAAACGGCGCAGCUGGAGCCGCCGGUCGGCCUGGCCCUCACCUACAUCAUGACGGUUAUCCACUUGUCAACUUUCCGGGGGGCGACGUGUAACCCCAGCGCGGUUCUGGAGAGAGUUUGCCGCGGCAGCGGCAGCGUCAGGGCGGCCAUCGUCCUCGUCGCCUGCCAGUUCGGAGCUGCGGUCGCCGCGCAGUAUUUCGCAGCAUCCGUGUGGUCGCUGGGUCUCUCAGACGUCCACAUCCGGCACCAGAGGUUCGGGUUUAGAUGUUUCGACCCCCUCGGCGGGACUCUGCUGGAGGCCGCCGCCGUAGAGCUGGGCUGCGCCUUCGCGGUCCAGGCUGCCGCCAUGCACAUCCACAAAGUGGACGAAAAACUGCGAGUUCACUUCAUCGCCGCCGUGAUCACCGCGCUGGUUUACGCAGGUGGAAGUAUUUCAGGAGCUGUCUUUAACCCCGUCCUGGCCUUCUCAAUCCAGUUCCCCUGCAGCGGACACACCUACCUUGAGUAUUGCUUUGUUUACUGGCUGGGACCAGUUUUGGGCGUGGCGAGCUGCAUCCUGCUGUUUGAGAAGAUCAUCCCCUUCCUCUCUGGAAAGAGCACGACUGAGCCGGAGGUCCCUGCUGUCCAGAAACAGAAGAAGACACAGUAACAGCAGUGGUGCCAGGACAGGCCAAGUCAUGAGUUUGUGUCUUAAACGUUUUGUCCCAUAUGUCUGUGUGGAUAAUAGCAGUUAAUACCUAUGAUGACAAACAAAAUAUAUUGCACAUAUUGAAAACUUUGAAAAACAAAACAGGGAUUUAGCUUUUUUUGGCCAAAUUAUCACAAAAAUCUGCUUAAAAACCAGAGAAAAUAUCAUGCACUUAACAAAAGAACUUGCCUCAGAAUCUUCAGUAUCAAAAGUAAUCCAGUGGUAGCUACAUAAAAGGGUACAACGCAAAAAGAGACUGCUAAUGGCUAAUUUGGCAUCCUUUUAAUGCUGCUGAUAAGACACAAUUAACAACUGCGGCUGUGUUUGAGGUGGUAUUACAAACUAUUUUACGUGCCCACCUACACACGGACAUGGUACCAAUCACACUGUGUUACUGACAGUAGUCAGAACCAAAACUUCAUGCCAGUGUUAUAACUUUAAUCUCAGUGUGACUUAAAAAUGACAUUUAAAUAGUUCUCAUAACAGAUUUAAGGAUAUGUAAGCUAAUACAUAUACAGACAUAAUUUUUGCCAAAUGUUUUUCCACAUGAAGACCGUCAAUAAGCACAACACUGUAGAAGAAGCUUUACUCGUUCUGUAACUGUGACUGUAAUUCACUGCAAUAAUCACUACUUUACAUUAAUACCUCGUCAAAUGAAAAAUAACCUAAAGACAGUUGGAUACGCUUUGGUUGCAUGAAAAUAUUGAAACUUUGAAUGCACACAAAUUAAUCAACGUGCACACAGAUGUAGAAGAAGAAUAUACCGUAAGUGGUUUAUAUGCAGCGACACACUGCAGCCACUUAUCAUUUUCUGAAUGCACUUUGGUUGAUUUAUGAGCCAUUUUUAUUGUCACUGCAUUUAACUUUUGCAACUACACCGCGUGGGACAGAGGACAUCUCAAUGCCAACAGUUCAAGUGUUCUUGAACAGUUCUUUCAAAUCCUAAAAUCCUGGGUCUGUUUUGCACAGCAGCACAAGAAUUAUAAUUUCAGAUGUUUGCAAUAACACCAACACCUUUCCAGUACACUUUUUCUGUAAACAUGGGAACUGGAUUUCACUUUUUUCCUCUUAAGUUUAGAUGACCAAAGCUUUGACUGUCUGCUCAGUCUGUUUUGUGGCAUAAAUGACGUCUGCCUAAGUCAAGCUUAUCAUUUGCUGUUUAUAUGAAAUGUGGAUAAAGAGUUAAAAGUAAACUAGUGUAAUAUUUGUAUUGGAUAAUGUUGGACUUUUCUGUGAGCCAAGGACAAAUUAAUGUACAACUUAAAUACCUCUAGAGUCUGUGUGAUAAUAGUUAUAAUGGUAUGAUUUUUUUAAGUUACAAUGUAAAACAUCAGUUUUUCACAUUUCAGACUCAAUGUCUGUCAGCACAGUAAAUCUUUAGACAACAGGUUUUGUAUAGUGCUGUUUAAAUGCAUUUGUAAUAUCGUGUGAAAUAUUUUGAUUAAAAGCAUUUGUUUUAUAAAGCUA